AUGCCCAACAAGCUCAAUCAGCACUGAGAAACCUGCUCAUGAUAUUUUGGAGGUUCAGAAAACAUUUCCAAUACCCAUUGACAUCGACAGAAUUCCGGGGGUGUAUCAUUGUGGUUAUCACUCCGAUAAAUCAUACGGAGCAGCCUCCUAUCUGUUGGUUCAUCCUGAAGGGAACAUUCUUAUCGACAGUCCUCGGUAUACAGAAAGGCUAGCUUCCAACAUUGAGAAAAUGGGUGGAGCUCGAUACAUGUUUCUCACUCACCGGGAUGACGUGGCAGAUCACGAGAAGUGGUCAAAGCGAUUAAAUUGUGAAAGAGUGCUUCACUCCACAGAGGUAAAUGUUUCAACCAGCAAUGUUGAGAUGAAGUUGAAUGGAUGUGGACCGUGGAGUCUUAGUGAUGAUGUCCAGCUUAUACACACACCGGGCCACACAGAAGGAUCAGUGUGCUUGUUUUAUAAGCCCUUAAAGGUGCUUUUCACCGGAGAUCAUCUGGCAUUGGCAAUGGAUGAAUCUAAUCUGGCUACUUCUGAGAUAUACAAUUUUUAUUCAGUGCCUAUACAGUUGGAUAGUGUUGCCAUGUUGCUUGAGCUGGAAUUUGAGUGGAUAUUACCAGGCCAUGGACGGAGAGUUGCAUUCAAGGACAUUGAAGAAAAAAACGCGAGCUUAAAAGCUUUCUUGACUGCCAAGCAACAUAGCCAUGUUUACUAGUUGGAUCACGCACUAAAAUAUAUACAAGCCAAUGCAUAUGUAUCGGUAAUGAUGUGUUUUAAAUGUAUGUUGCCUGUAAAAUAAAGGUGUUUUUGAAAUUUAGACAAAACUAUCAAGGAAACAUAAUGUUAAUAGGCGUUGUAAGGGAGAGACUUGGGUUUCCAAGAGACCCAAGUUCAAUUCCUGCUUCUCCCCAUUAGUUUUCAGUGACACCUGGUGAUGAUGGGAAACUAGGCGAGUAGGCGGCGAUCACUAGUUCGAUCCUCCCUAACAUGUUUUUCGAUUCUUGAUGCUUUAAUCAAUGGCGAUGAACCAUAUUUAGGUAACAACACCGAAUCAAAGAUCAUAUUUCCCACUCUUCUUCAUCAAUACGACCUAAUUUGACCCAGAACGUACAGAGUAUCAGAGCAUUGGUAAGAUUUUUGAGAUUUCCAUGUUUCUUGAAUGGCAAUCAUCUUACUUAUAUUAUUUUUAUGUGUUUAUCUGAUGCUAGGGUUUCAAGAACAUAUAUAUUGAUAUAAUUAUAUGAUGUUUAUGUAUAUUAGGAGUUACAAUCAAGUCUCACUAUUUCAGUUUCAGUUUGUGGCUUGAUUAAUAUAUAUAGCUGCUGAGAUAUUGUUAGGUUAAAGGAUUAGGGAUAGGGUUUAGUUUUUUUACUAGAUUAUUAUGUGGUUUAUGAAACUUUGCAGAGUUUUUUUACUAGAUAUGUGGAGGUCCUCCAUGUCAAGGAAUCAGUGGUCAUAGUCGGUUUAGAAACUAUACUGAUCCUUUAAAGGAUCCAAAGAAUCACCAGCUUGUAGUCUACAUGGAUAUUAUUGAUUUUUUGAAACCAAAAUUUGUUUUGAUGGAGAAUGUUUGUGAUCUUGUAAAAUUUGCAGAUGCUAUUUUGGGAUAUCAUGCUGCUGGGCGUUUAGUUUCUAUGAAUUAUCAAACACGUAUGUGGAUAAUGGCAGCUGGAUCAUACGGAGUUCCUCAAUGCAGACUGAGGGUCUUUCUUUGGGGUGCUAAUACGAUGAUGGACUGUAUUUUCGGGUCUGAUAAUGAUAACUCAUACAAGUUAGAGAAGAGCAUACGUCUUGGUGAUGCAAUUUCAGACUUGCCUGAGGUUACAAACAACAAUGGUAAGGAUGAAAUGGAGUAUGCAGGUGCCCCACAAACAAGUUUUCAGAGUUUUUCCUUUGCUGAUGAAUCUUACUUGGACAGUUACAUAAGCACCAUCGGAGUCGAUUUUGUGGUUUAUGAUGUGACGGACCAAGAGAGCUUUAAUAAUGUUAAGCAGUGGCUGAGUGAAAUCGACUGUUACGCCAGUGAGAAUGUCAACAAAAUCCUUGCUGGAAACAAAUGCGAUCUUGUUGCAAAUAAAGUCGUUUCAACCGAAACAGCCAAGGCAUUUGCUGAUGAAAUUGGAAUUCCGUUCUUGGAAACAAGUGCAAGAGAUGCAACCAAUGUCGAACAGGCUUUCAUGGCCAUGACGGCUUCCAUCAAAGACAGGGUAGCGGAUGCGCUUGAACUGUUCGAUGAAAUGCUAGAUCGAGACAUUACGCCCACUACAGGGACAAUAACCGCUGUCAUUGAAUCGUUAUGUAGUUACGGCCCACCACAUGCUGCCAUGAUGAUAUAUAAGAAAGCAAAAGAAGCAAAAUGUACGAUAUCGUUAAACGCUUAUAAGAUACUGCUUAUGCGACUCUCGCGGUUUGGUAAAUGUGGUAUGCUUUUGAAAAAAUGGGAUGAAAUGGAACAAAGUGGUUAUGUUUCUGAUGUAGAAGUUUAUGUACAUAUUAUCAACGGGCUUUGCAACAAUGGUCAACUUGAAAUGCUGUGGUCAUCAUGGAGGAUUGUUUGAAGUGUCACACCCCGAUUUUCGGUUUGUACGGAAGCGUAUGGCGAGGUGUGACGAGAGCGGCAAUCGUUACAAUCAAUCGAGUAAACAACAUAUUUGAAACAUAAAAGAUGUUCAUCCAUACAUUUGAUUCAAAACCAUAAUUUACAUUACAUAUGUCUUGUUUAAAACUUGAAACAACAACAACAACUUUAA